GGCUAAUGCAUACAUUUGCUUCCCGGCACGGGGGAAACACUUGGGAAACGAUGGGAUUAACAUCCGGAGGCGCCUCGUAGGUAACCCGAUCAGUAGUGUCCCGAGUCUGCACAGGUGACGGGAUGGGUGCCCUGGGCUCCGCCCUGAAGGGCGUGGCCAUCCAAAGGCGCGAAUCUCCAAGUCCCGCGCAUCCGGCCUGGCCCUAUAUGAAGCCAGACCGUGGGCCCAACCGCUCAGUACUGGUUCUGCUCCGCACACGACAGGACGCGUCCAGAUCACCGGCGCUGGAGCGACUUAUGGAUCCCACAACUGAGGAUCCAGUUGAGUUACCCAGCAAUAGCAGAGAGCCUUCCAUGAACUCUUUACUUCAAACAGUUGAGGAAAUUGAGGAGUUUCUCAAGAAUGUCUCUGAGGCAUAUAAGGCAAAAAUGUCAGCUGCACCAGAACCACAGCUCCAUGUGCCUCAGACUGACCAUUGUGACGACAACCAACAUGAGUCAACCCAGAGGAUGGUGACUCCUCUGAAGUCUACAAUGGUGACUUUCUUUGAUGAGAGAAGACCCACAACAACCUCCUGCAUGACAGAUGUUAUUGACAACCCAGACACAUCAUUCGCUGCUUGCCAAAAGAUAACUGCAAACAAGAUAGCAGUCCCCAAUGAAAGUAGCCAGAUGAAGACCCUCCGUAAUGACCAGAUCUUCUAUGGAGACCAGAUGACAGCUCCUAAAAAGAGCCACAUGAUUGCCUCUGAUGGUAAGCAGACCUUCAUAGAGAGCCAUACAAUGACUUACAGUGGUAAUCAGACCCUGAAUUGGCACCAGAUGGCACCCCUUCGUGAAGAACAGAUGAAGACCUUCAGUGAUGACCAGACCCUCUAUGGAGACCAGAUGACCUUCACUGCGGGCCAGAGCCUCUAUGGGGGCCAGAUGGAGACAUACAGUGGUGACCAGGCCCUGUAUGGAGGCCACAUGACCCUCAGCGGAGACCAGACCCUCUUUGGGGGCCAGAUGAAGUCAUUUAGUGAUGACCAGACCCUUUAUGGAGGAGAGAUGACCUGCAUUGGGAACCAGAUCUUCUAUGGGGGCCAGGUGAACACCUUUGGUGGUGACCAGACCCUAUGUGGAAGUCAGAUGAUGACCCUUAAGGGGGAUCAUACGACAACCUUCACUGACCACACUGUCUAUGGAGACCAUAUGAUGCCACAUCAGUCAUCAUCAUUGCCAAACCCAGGAUACCUCUACUUUUCCAGCUCCCAUUUGAUCCAUGGACAAUCCCUAGAAAAGCAGAAGUGCAACAUCAAGAGCCAGAGAAGUCAAAUCUUGAAGAAUCCUAAUAUUUUGAAGACCUACAAUUGUACAUACCAAGACUGUGGGAAAUCAUAUACUAAGCCUUCCCACCUCCGAAUUCAUGAGCGCAAACAUACUGGGGAGAAGCCCUAUGAAUGCAAUGUGAAGGGAUGCACGUGGAAAUUCCCCCGUUCAGAUGAGCUCAGCAGACACAAGAGAAAGCAUAGUGGGGAGCGACCCUACCUAUGUACUAAAUGCAAUAGGACUUUUGCACGGUCUGAUCACCUAAAGCAGCAUCAAAGAAUCCACAGGUAAUUCUCACCUGUGGCGGAACUCAUCAAGCCAUAACAGAAUGAGUAGAGCUGAAGGAUUCCCUCUACUAAAGCCUUUGUUUGCUGUGCACCUGGCACUGUGCCGGCGUAUAGUAAGUGAUAAUAUUAUGUAAGCUUUUAAGGUUUUUUUCCCUCUAAAACAUACAAGUGUACACAUAUGCAUUUCAAUAAAAUCA